AUGAUCUUAACAGACCUCAGUUUCAACAAACUAAGCGGACCAAUUCCUGAUUACCUUUUUGGUCUGUCAGAUGUAGAUCACAUAGAGAUUCAGGGUAGUGGUCUGAGUGGGCCUAUCCCUUCUCGGAUUGCAUCCAUGGCCAUUUUAUCUGACUUGAGAAUCAGUGACUUGAAAGGCAAUAAUGAAUCAACUUUUCCACUUCUGAGUAACAAUAGCAACUUCAAGAAUAUAAUUCUGAGGAGCUGCAAUAUAAUCGGGCAGUUACCAAAGGAUCUUGGGAAAAUGAGUGAUUUGAAAGUCAUGUUAGUAUAA